AUGCGAGCGGAGACACCGCUGCAGCCUGGCUGUCGCCGGGAUUUCCUGUGUGUGCUGACAGAGACACGACAACCCAACCAGCUUCGCGUCCCGGAAUCACACACAACCCCAACUCUAAGAAUUGAAGCUGGGACGGGUCCCCCACGUCGCUCAAACUGCAGCCGACUGCUCUUCUCGAGCUUCACGUUUGAAAAGGUCUGGGCAGUGAUGGAGUCCGUGUUGCUGCGCUGUCCCGUCACAGCGCUUGAGUUCCUGGGAGAGGACUGCCUGCUCUCCGGGGAGGGCCCUGUCCUCACUGUGUACAGCCUGGGUCCCCACAGGGAGAGCGCAUCACGGAGCGUGCUCAGAAACUACCGUAUCCACGGCAUCCGCCCGUCACCGUGGCGACAGGAGGGAGGGGGCGGGGCCGUUCUGGCUGUGUUUGGAGGGAAGGCGGUGCGAGUGAUGGAGCUGAGGGAGGGCCCCUCCAUUGCAGACCUGUCCCCGCUCUCAGAGCUCCAGGACUGGGUCUGGGAUGUGUGCUGGCUGCAGGACGGGGAAGGGUCUGGUUCUGGGAUGCUGGCGGUGGCUCUGGCCCACAACGCGGUGGUUCUGUUGGACCCGGUGUCGGGCCGGGCCCUGCGGGAGGUGCACUGCGAGGAGACGUGCAUCCUGUACUCUGCGCUGCUCGUGGGACGCAGCUGGGCCCGGCUGGCGCUGGUCUCGGGCACCGUGUUCAACCAGCUGGUUCUGUGGAGGCCAGGAAACUGGGGGCCCAGGAACGAGGAGGGCCAGGCCAGGGCAGAGUGCAGGGUGGCUGGGCACCAGGGCGUGAUCUUCGGGCUGGCGUACCAGCCGCACAGGGGGCUGCUGGCCUCGGCCUCUGACGACCGCAGUGUGCGCCUGUGGGAAGUGGGGGACCUGUCUGAGGAGGGGGGAGUGUGGGGAUCAGGGGGGGCGGGGGGGCCAUGCUGCCUGCAGAUUCUCUACGGUCACCAGGCGCGCGUCUGGGCUGUGCGUCUGCUCUCCGAUUGGCUGCUGAGUGUGGGCGAGGACUCUGCCUGCCUGCUCUGGGGCUGUCGCCGCGGAAACGUGCUGCGCAGGUUCAAGGGUCACCGGGGGAGGGGGGUCAGGGCGCUGGCGGCAAUCGAGAGGGAGGGGGGAGGGGCCUGGGUGGCUACAGGGGGGGCUGACAGCGGGAUCAGACUGUGGAGGAUCGGGGGGGAGAGGGCUGAGGGAGAGGUGGAGAUUGACGAGGGAGAGGGGAUGGUGAGGGCUGAAGGAGAGGUGGAGAUUGACGAGGGAGAGGGGAUGGUGAGGGCUGAAGGAGAGGUGGAGAUUGACGAGGGAGAGGGGGUGGUGAAGGCUGAGGGAGAGGUGGAGAUUGACGAGGGAGAGGGGGUGGUGAGGGCUGAGGGAGAGGUGGAGAUUGACGAGGGAGAGGGGAUGGUGAGGGCUGAGGGAGAGGUGGAGAUUGACGAGGGAGAGGGGGUGGUGAAGGCUGAGGGAGAGGUGGAGAUUGACGAGGGAGAGGGGGUGGUGGAGAUUGACGAGGGAGAGGGGGUGGUGAGGGCUGAGGGAGAGGUGAUGGUGAGGGCUGAGGGAGAGGUGGAGAUUGACGAGGGAGAGGGGGUGGUGAAGGCUGAGGGAGAGGUGGAGAUUGACGAGGGAGAGGGGGUGGUGAGGGCUGAGGGAGAGGUGGAGAUUGACGAGGGAGAGGGGAUGGUGAGGGCUGAGGGAGAGGUGGAGAUUGACGAGGGAGAGGGGGUGGUGAGGGCUGAGGGAGAGGUGGAGAUUGACGAGGGAGAGGAGACGGAGGGAGAGAGCAGUCCAGGGGGCAGGCGUCUCUCUCAGCUCCUCUUCAGUGGUCAGGGCACCCCCAAAGUGAUUCGCCUGGUGGACUCUGGGGCUCAGGUCCUGGUGAUGACAGACUCGGGGUGCCUGUACUGCCACAGUGUGGGAGAGGAGGGUGAGCAGGGGGAGGGCUGGCAGCUGCUCAUGGAGGAUCCUGACUUCCAGUCCUACAGUGUGGUGGAGGUGAGUGCUGGGGCUGCGCUGUGUGCCGUGGGUAACAUCGCAGGCAGGGUCCGCGUCUUCUCCCUGUCCCAGCCAGGGGGCGCUGUGGAGGUGUGGGCCGGCCGGGGGAAGGUGCACAGCCUGUGCUGGGGGUCCCGGGAGGCUGGCUCGGAGCUCUUUGUGUCGGGCCCCGAGGGCAGGGUGCAGUGGUGGGGGGCGGGCCAGGCAGAGGGAACCCCGCUCAGGCUGCUCCAGCGAGGCUCCUUCCUCCUGCCUCCCUGCAGGCACCGGUGGCUCACCGGAGUGGCUUUCCUGCCAGGCAGUGGCGACGGCGCGGGCCUGUGGGUGUGUGGGGACCGGCGGGGCUCUGUGCUGCUGUACCGGGACAGGGCUUCGAGGGGAGAGCAGGGAGAGGGAGUCCGCACCAAGGCUGACCCGCAGGAGCCGGUGUCGGUGCUGUUCGGGCUGCACGGCAGGCAGGGGGUGACCUCAGUGACAGUGCAGGGGGGUCUGGUGUACAGCACGGGGCGGGACGGCUGCUACCGAGCCCUGCGUGUGAGGGAGGGGGGCCCCGUCCUGGAGGUUCUGCGGGCACAGAGAGCCUGCCGCGGGAUGGGCUGGAUAGAGAGGGUGCUGUUCCAGGGCGUCGGGGGAGGCGGGGAGCUGGUGCUGGGGUUCCACUCCACGGAUCUGGUGCUGUGGGACUCGGGGAGGAAGGAGAGGCUGCUGUGUGUGCCGUGCGGAGGGGGGCACCGGUCCUGGAGCUACAGCCGUGGCUCUGCUGGAUUCAGCUUCGCCUUCCUAAAGCAGGGGGCUGUCUGCCUGUCCCGGGCCCCUCGUCGCUACGCAGCUCGGUGUUGCUCCCCGGUGGUGAGGCAGGGGCUGCACGGGAGGGAGGUUACCUGCCUGUGCCGCCUGGGUGCCGUGGCAACGCCGGGAGGAGCUGUGGAUAUCCUGGUGACGGGCAGCGAAGACACCACACUCACCGUGCUGGCCGUCCAGCCCUCCCACAGACGGAUCACAGCCCUGACCACCCUCACUGACCACAUCUCCAGUGUGAGGGCACUGGCCACGGCACAGAGAGGCGGACUGACACACGGACACACAGACCAGCUCUCCGCUCUGCUGUUCUCAGCAGGGGGGCGGGCCCAGCUCCAGUGCUACCGGCUGCUGAUUGGCUGGGACAAACAGCGGCAGGGCGUGUCCUGCCAGGCAAUUCACCUGGCCUCUCACCGAUUGGACGAGCACUGGGAGCGAAUGAGGAACCGGCACAAGACUGUGAAGAUGGACCCCGAGACCAGGUACAUGUCUGUGGCAGUGGUGGAUGCUGGGAUGGAUGGUGGGGACGCAGUCUUCCUGGCUGCAGCCUGCAGUGAUGGAGCAGUGAGGUUGUUCUCGCUGUGGGAGGAGCGGCGCAGGCUGGCUCUGCUGGCAGAGUGGUUUCAUCACCAGCGCUGCGUUCUCAAGGUGACCUCGUUCACACACUGGCUGGGGCAGCAGCAGGAGAGCAGGAGAGUGUUUCUGUGCAGCGCUGCGACGGAUGGGAGCAUUGCAUUCUGGGAUAUCACUGAGGCGGUGGAGGGAGGGAGUCUGGAGGAGGAUGGUGGCGCCCCCCAGCGGAAGGGGCUGGGCAGCCCCUUUCUGACUGUGCAGCUGCACCAGAGUGGGGUGAACAGCCUGGAUAUCCUGGAGACGGAGACUCCAGGGCGCUACCUGCUGGCCAGUGGUGGUGAUGACGGCUCCCUGCAGGUGUGCCGCGUGUGUGUGGAGAGCAGCGUCGCCGUGGCGUCGGUGCGGAUCAGCGCUCGCUUCGCAGUCCUCUCUGCUCACGCCGCGCUCCUCACCGGGCUGCGCUUCCUGACCCCUGACCUCCUGGUCUCCGCCUCCGUGGACCAGCGCGUGGCUCUGUGGCGGCUGGGCCGGGCCGGGCUGAGCUGGCAGGGAGCCCGGUUCUGUCACGUGGCUGACGUGGCGGGGCUGGAGGCGUGGCAGAGAGAGGAGGACCGGGACACCUUCCUGGCAGUGUGCGGGCAGGGGCUUCAGAUACUGAGGCUGGGACACAGGGAGAGACUGGGAGAGACUGGAAGAGACUGGGAGAGACUGGGAGAGGGGGCUGGGGGGCACUGUGAGGAGGCUUAGCAAGGACUGCAGGUACCAGGCAAGAUGAGAGGGGAGCCGCUGAACUCGUCUCUGCUUUAUUUCUGUGUGUGCUCUCCAUGCUGAGCCCGGUGUUUAAACUCAUAUGCUGUUCAUGUUUUAAAAUAAAUGCUUACUUAAGAAACAAAGUGUUAUCUGGGGGUGUUAUUGGAAAAGAAAUGUAUCGGCUGCAGUGAGGGGAUCAAGGCACACCAGUCUCUCUCACGGCUGCAGUGAGGGGAUCAAGGCACACCAGUCUCUCUCACGGCUGCAGUGAGGGGAUCAAGGCACACCAGUCUCUCUCACGGCUGCAGUGAGGGGAUCAAGGCACACCAGUCUCUCUCACGGCUGCAGUGAGGGGAUCAAGGCACACCAGUCUCUCUCACGGCUGCAGUGAGGGGAUCAAGGCACACCUGUCUCUCUCACGGCUGCAGUGAGGGGAUCAAGGCACACCUGUCUCUCUCACGGCUGCAGUGAGGGGAUCAAGGCACACCUGUCUCUCUCACGGCUGCAGUGAGGGGAUCAAGGCACACCUGUCUCUGCUCAGUGAGGUUGACAUUUUAAACCAGCAUGCUGUGCAAUAGGGCCUCACUGGCCUGCUAUUGAGUUUCAGGUCUCCACUAAAUCUCAUUAUUUAUUGAAGCAGUGUGAUGGUGUGCUUCAUUGAAUGUAUGAUUGCUCCCUGAACACAGACAGUUAAACCAUUUCAAAUCAUUUCAAUCUGCCUGUGUGUGCUGGAUGAUCCCUGCCUGCCUGUGUGUGCUGGAUGAUCCCUGCCUGUGUGUGCUGGAUGAUCCCUGCCUGUGUGUGCUGGAUGAUCCUUGCCUGUGUGUGCUGGAUGAUCCCUGCCUGCCUGUGUGUGCUGGAUGAUCCCUGCCUGCCUGUGUGUGCUGGAUGAUCCCUGCCUGUGUGUGCUGGAUGAUCCUGGUUAGUGAAGUGGCAGGCUUGCGUGGUUGAUUAAUAUUUCAUGCUGCUGCCAGCUUCCUUUUGUCUGGAUCCUCAGCGAGGGAUGAUUCUCUCUUCCU